AUGGAAAUCCUUGCACUUUCUGUAUCAGGGCUCAAUGUUUCAUACACAAACAAAAAUGUAUCAGCCAAAUGGGGUGUGGAAUUGGUGGUGCAAAACCCAAACCUAUUCUCAACAUUGUAUUUGGAUCACAUGGUUGGUAUGGUGCUAUACAAAGAAGAGGUUAUUGGGGUGAGUUCCUUAGAGAAAAAGUUAAUUGCUUUGGGACCAAUGGAACAUAAAUUUGUUAGCUUUAAAGUGUGGAAGAAGGAUUGGGAUAUAGAUGAUGAGGAUCAACCAAAGGUGAAGGAGUGGGUUGUGGAAAAUAUCAUGAUGGACAAACAUAAAGAGAAGAUUAAUUUCAGUGUGCAAAUGGGUGUAUGGGGUAAAAUUAAAUCUAGUUGGUGGUCUUCAAAGAGUGUUAUCAUGAAUCCUAGGUGCAUGGAUUUGACUAUUAACUUUGUCCCUAUGAGGGGUUUUGGGAUGUUGUUAGAUGAAGAGCCAAUAAGAUGUUAUGUUCUUAUGUUGGAUAAUUAG